CUUGCACUGGCAACAGAAACUGGCAGUUUGAACAGGCCAGUCAAACGUGCGGGAUGUACUACGAUUUUUCCAUACGUACCGGGGAUGUAUCCAGUUCUUGUUUAAAAGUAAUUAAGUAUUUGGUGGUUCUAAGAUAUAUACCAUAAAAUGGACUUGGCGGCUGAAGGUGAUUUAACAUUCAUCGAUGAUGAGACGUUUGAUUUUGGUCUUCCUUCUUUUUCUGACAGUCGAGAAGAAGUUGAAGACAAUGAGAAGUUUAUCAGUCCAAUAAAGCAAACAGAGAAGCUCAGUGCACUGAACAUUGAUCUUAACAUUAGUAACACUGAACCAACAAAUCAGCAACAUGGCCUAAACUGGAGCCCUCUUACUGCAGAAAAAUUAGAAGAAAUAGCUAAAGAGGCAAACAGACUAGCAGAGCAGCUUGAGCAGUGCGCCUUGCAAGAAAAAGAAAACACCGAUGGACAGCUCAGCAGCUUAUGGGUAACCUGCAGCAGUUUUAACAGCGAGAAGGAUGCCGCCAUCCUCCGAUUACUGCAAGAGGACUCCAAGAGUAAGAAGAGCCCAAGGAGCCCAAGAAGGGAAACUUAUAUUGUGAAGGACAGCCCAGUUAAAGCACUUCUGCCAACAGUGGACCUAGAUAAUGUCUCCCCACUUGUUUCCCCAAAAGGAACUGUACCAAAGACCAGUACACCCUUCAGAAGUGCCGAGCAUUCAUGCAAACGUCAGAGUAAGAGAAGUAAACUAGAAUAUCCUGUUCGAGACCCUAAAGCACAAGCUAACAGGAAUUCAACACCACGGAGGCUGUCCAAGCCUUCUCCAGGGAGCAGACCUUCCAGUGGUAAAUCCCGGACUCCAAAUAAUAAGCCAUUGUCAACUCCACUUGGCAGAAAAGAAACUACACCUACAGUGGUAUCCCCAAAUAAUAAGCCAUUGUCAACUCCACUUGGCAGAAAAGAAACUACACCUACAGUGGUAUCUCCAAAUUAUAAGCCAUUGUCAACUCCACUUGGCAGAAAAGAAACUACACCUACAGUGGUAUCUCCAAAUAAUAAGCCAUUGUCAACUCCACUUGGCAGAAAAGAAACUACACCUACAGUGGUAUCUCCAAAUAAUAAGCCAUUGUCAACUCCACUUGGCAGAAAAGAAACUACACCUACAGUGGUAUCUUCAAAAUCUCCAAGUACUAGACAGCAGUCCUGUUCAUCUGUGGCAGCAGCCGGAUGUCCGGCAGGCAAACCUGUUACUACUGUAAAUGCCAAAAAAAUGGUUAGCCCUCGCAGUAAUGCAGACAGAGUGAGAACAACUGGAAUACCAAAGCCCAUCAGCAGGUUACCUGUCGCCUCUUCGAUUCCAAGACCAGUAACAGGAAUAAGCAGGUCGAUUUCUGGAAACAUUAAUCCACUGCAGGCUCAAGCCAAGCCUGUCGCCAGAGGGAAAGGAGUCUGCAGACCUGCUGCAAUGACAAAUGUGCCGAAGGCGUCUAAAGCUUUAGUUACACAGAGCAAACUCCAGCCGCCGAAGAAAGUGACACUUCCUGGUGCACUAAGGUGCCUUACUGCUGACAGAGAUGAUGGUAGUGGUAGGAAACCAGCCUUUUACAGAGUAAAGCAGAACAAAGACAAGGCAGCAAGAAGUUAUUCAGGGUACACAGUGCCUGGUGUCUGUUCCAGGCCUGAGGUAAUGAAUUAUUUGUAUCCUGUUAAAAGCAGCUCUCCAGCCCAGAAAGUGCAAAAAACUAUCAACACUAAUAUGCUGAGGCUAUAAGAAAAGUAAUUGAAGCAUUGCACACACAAGACAUCAUCUUCCAAAUGAAGGAUUGCAAAAAUGUGUAUACCAAUUGUGCAAAUUGUAUGGAGCUGUAUACAGUGCAUUUUUGGUGCUAGUUGCUGCUAGAAAACGUCCAGCGAUAUGCUCUAUUCAUUUUGGCAAAGAAAAACAUGCUUGUUAGAAACUCUGGGGUUCAUUUUGGCCAGUUUGAUUUCAGUUAACUUAUUCUAGACAGAAUAAUAUUUAAAAUAAUGAAUUAUUUUGGGGGAACAUAAACUAGCUUAUUUAUACGAAUAAACUGUCAACACUGCAUUGUCAGUGGGAUGGAAUGGCCUUGGUGAUCUCUGUGGUAUGUGGAUAAGAAAGCUUGGAUGUGGAUUCAGGCAUUCUUUCUGCAUUUUCAGUGACAUGCUGUUCACAUAGUGCUGUGUUUUGUUUUUGUCUAGUGAUAGAUUGCCUUAUAAGCAUAGCUUACUGAUGCAUAGUUGGUCCUGUACCAGUAUAUGUUGUGUAAGUUAUUUUGCAUCACAAAAUUACAUUACCGGAACUAUUUCCUCUUACAAGUCCCCUUUAUUCAGGUACAUGCUUUGGUCUUACUGUCUGAUUUUGCUGGAGUAGUGGCCUGUGGCACCAUGGACUGCGAAGGUUUGGAGUUGCUGCUGCCCACUAAGGCAAGAAAAGCACAAACCCAUGCCUUUUGAAGUGAAGUCAUCCCCACUGGUACUACCUGCAGGACAGUGCUACUCCUGUGUUAAUGUGGGGCAGCAGACCUGCUAACAACAAUCUUCUAUUACAUAUUAUUGCAUCAUGGCACUAGAUACCAAAAAGCUUUCAUUGUGUGUAUGCCAUUGAAGAAGUACUCUCUUGUUAUCUUGGAUCCUGAAACACAUUUCCGUUUUUAUUGGGUUGUGGUUUAUAUUAAGCUAUGCAAAUACCACUAUGUACCAUAGUGUUGUAUCCCAAUUUUCUGCUUUAUAGCAGCUUCCAUUCUUGUUAAACCUGAGUUAUAUAGUUCUGAGUUUUCUGGACCCCCAAAACCUAGUAUAUAUUGGCAGUCACAUUUUAUAACUGAAAAAAAAGCAUUUGUGUUUAAUUGGUACUAUUACAUGUCUAGUUUACAAGAACUUGCUAUAAAGAUAAUAUUCUGACUUUUAGUACAGCUGUUUAACUCUAGAAAAUAAAAUUGAGAUAAUUGUCAAAUUUUAAUAACACUGAAAGAAGUGACACAAGUUGAACACCUUCUCAUAUUGUGCCUUUUACCCCAGUUUUAUUACAUUUCAUGCAUCAGUAUUUUAAGGAAAGCCACUAAAAUAUUGUAUAGUUACCAGAAUGUUUAUGUACUGGAAGCAGAUCUUUCUUUGUGGUUCAUUUUAAUAGAGAGUGGCAUGUUGGUGGAACUAAGACCAACCUUUAAAAUGUAUGUGUACUUUGUGUGUAUCUUUGUUUAUAGAAUCAUCUUUAUACAAAAGUUUGGUACUUUUUGAAAUUCUGGUAAUUGUUAGGCUAGCUGGAUGCAUACCUUUGUAAAACUGUAACAAUAUUUUAACCAUUAACCUUGCUGUGGAAAAUAUUUUAUGUAUUUUAUGUUGAGCCGCUUCUCUGAACAUUUAGUUUUUAUGUGUAUUACAAUUAUCAACACUGUCAUGUAAAAUUACUUUGCUUUUAAUGAAAAUAUCUACAUUUUACAGUA